ACUUCAAAACAGUUUGCGUCCAACGCUCAAACGGAGGAGACGUACGACGAGUCUUUCUUGUACAAUUGGCGUCGUCGUCGUCAGCGUCAUACGCGUCGAUUCGUGUCUGUUGAGUCCGAGGCGUGCUGCGUAAAGUUCCGACCCGAGACGGCCAAUCCGGAACAUCCGUGAGGGCUCGAGUUCGAGAGACGUACGUCGUCGCAGAGUGAAUUUUAGGGUGUGUUUGGAACUGGAUCUACUCACUAAGUAGAAGAAAAAUAAAUAAAGAAGAAUCAAAAUUUGAAGUGAAAAAGUGAACAAGUGAAUGGCUUGAAAAGUUUGAGCUGGCGAUCAUCGGGCACCAAACCGCAGGGAUAAACAAACAAACAAACAAAUAAACGGAUAAACAGAACGCUUCAUUGCUGGUAUCCAAAAGGAGAAUCUUUCGAAGUUCAUGGACACACUUGGCUUGACUUUCCGGGUGCUACUGGAUGUGUGAUUUAUUCGUUUGAAAACACAGUGGAAAUAUGUAAAUACAUUCCGUUUGCGUACGGGCGGAAAGGUCAACGCAAAAAAAGAAGAGAAAAAACCUAAAACAUCUUCAAUGUCAGUUGGUAGCAGAAAAAAACUAACUGGAGGCACAACUAAUUAGCAUACAAAGUCAAACAGAGGAAUUCAACUGUUGUCCUAUUGGUUCCUUGAAAUUCUUCGAAUUAUACGACAAAAAAAAAUGCCAGCAUACGCCGGAUUCGAUAGCUAUACGACCCCGAGAAGUCGGGCCUCGGAAUCGAUCUAUUACACGGCACCAACCAAAGAGUAUGAUUCUUUCGAUGACUAUAUGCGACCGUAUCAUCCUCCGGCACUGAGUCGGCGGGCCAGUAUGAUCGAACACAGUAUGAUGGCCUUAGCUCCGCCAAUGAUGGGACCACCGAUGACGCCGACCACGGAUACCAUUUUUAGUCGCCGAUACGUUGACCCCUGGGAUAUGGAGAACUAUAUUUACGUGAGGAAACAAGUGCUGGAUCCGACGUCGGAAUCCGAGGUGCCACCUUCGCCGGCCGGAGAACCGAUCCAAUCGAAGUUCUACUACGUGCCGGGGGACAUCGAGAGUUGUCGGGAGUGUAGCGCGGAAAUCGUUAGCCCGGUGUUGGUCAAGGGCAGCACACACUUGCAUGGCGAUGAGGAGGACGAGGAAGACCUUCGCCAUCAUCGGGACGAGGACGAGGACGAAGAUGACGAUGGCAUCGAGGGAGACGACGAUCUGGAAGCGGACGAACUGGAUGCCGAAGACGACGGUUACUACGCGGAACGUUACGAUACCGUGAUGGAGGAGGACAGCAUCGGUGGGGACGAUCGGGCUUACAGCUCAUACACCGAUCUGGAAUCCUCGUCGGAGGACCAACCGAGCUCCUGCGACAGUUCCAUGUCCGCCCUGCGGCUUCACACACCCGGAUUCGGCAAAAGUGCCACCAGUCGUCGGCCAAUCGUCCUACCAAAACCCAUUCCACAGCUUGAGUUCCCGGGACCGCCGUCCUACGAUUACUAUGAGCCACCCUGUUGCUGCAUGACCAUGCCACCACACCCUGGAGCCCCGCAUCAUCUGCCACCACCACUGAUGGACAUGCCCGGAACGGUUCCCCCGAGCAUUGCCGGCGGAAGUGGAAGCGGUGGAAGCGGCGGUAACUACUACUCCCUGAACGAUUGCUUCGAGUGUGCCGGGGCCGGUCCAUAUCCACCGGGACCUCCGAUGGAACAUGUCCCCCUUUACGCCACCAGCCGUCAGAGUCCGAUGCGUCGUCGAUCCCGCAGCACCAGCGUCGUGUCGCACAUGAGCAUGGCCCGGCGGCCCAGUCACAUCGGAGUGCCCCCGUUGCCUCCCCCGCCCGUUGCUACCGGUCCGGUUGACCCGUCUUCGGCCGUCUCGAUUGCGGCUACCAACGCCAACGUCUGCUACACGCCACAGCAUUUCAGCCUGAGCAAGAAGGGGCUGCUCCAGAUCGACUAUUCCUGCAACUGGGACAAUUUGGAUCGGUACAUCACCAAAUGAGAAACUUGCAAUCAGUCAGUUGGCGGCAGUCAGACGCAGAUGGCUCAGAGAUCCAAAGUUAAUUUCUUCCCUUUUUUCUUCAUCUUACUUCUUCGAAAGUUCUUAAUAUACUGUUUUUCUGUAGUUUAUCUAGUAAAACACGGAUUUAAAUACUAGCUAAUUUAAAUGCUCAAUUUAUUUACUAUCAACGGUUAAAUAAAACUGAGAUAAAAACAUGCGCGCUCAUAUACGAACUUAAUGCGGAUUAUAGAAUAGAUGUGCUGUAUUUAUAAGCCAAAUGGUACUAAUAUAUUUGAUACUUAUAAAUCAACAGUUUUUGUAAAUAAUACGGAUGGAUGAUAAUAAAUUGGAA